AGAGAGAGAGAGGGAGGCGUGGAGACUUUCUAAAUCCCAUAACCCAUCUGGAGUCCAUCUGUGCCUCGCUGGCGGUGGGAAGGACUCGGACUGCAGCGCUCACAUAUGUGAGAGAGUUUGAGACACAUGCCUCACAUAUGAACGAGCGACCAUCUAAACCAGAGUGAUUUACAUUGUUUGGAAUAAGACACGAGCAGGAGCGGACUAUCGUAGAGAGGAGACAGCUCAGAGAAGAACGUUCCUGCCAUGCCCGGAUCCCCAGUGGAUGGAAAGACUCAUUCCAGACCAAUCGUCUCCGUCAUGCCCCCUCUGCCCUCCAUCAACCCCAGCGGACCUCGUCCGGCAGCAUUCUCCACCACAGCAUUGACCAAUGGGAUCAAUCAUUCCCCGCCGAUGCUCAACGCCGUUCCCUCGCCGCCUCAGCGCUACAGCAACGGCCCGUCAUCAUCAUCUUCCUCUUCGCUGGCCAAUCAGCAGCUUCCAGCCACCUGCGGCGCGCGGCAGCUGAGCAAACUCAAGCGCUUCCUCACCACGCUGCAGCAGUUCGGCAAUGACAUCUCGCCCGAGAUCGGAGAGAGCGUCCGAAACCUGGUGCUCGCUUUGGUGAAUUCCACCGUCACCAUUGAAGAGUUUCACUCCAGACUGCAAGAAGCCACAAACUUCCCCUUAAGGCCGUUCGUCAUACCAUUCUUAAAGGCCAACCUGCCCUUACUGCAGAGGGAGCUGCUGCACUGCGCUCGGGCCGCCAAACAGACUCCAGCGCAGUAUCUGUCCCAGCACGAACACCUCCUGCUCAGCACCACCGUCCCGUCUCCGGCCGACUCCUCCGAACUCCUGCUGGAGCCCAGUGACAGCAGCAAACGACACAGUCCUAACCGAAGUAAAGAGAAUGGCUUUCACGAGCGGCCUCCCGCCUCCCUGGAGCCUCCUGCCAAACGAAUCUGCACCAUUAGCCCCGCCCCUAGACACAGCCCCGCCCACCCGCUCCAGCUCCCCACCCAGAUCCACCCGACUCCGCCCCCUCUGCAGCACUAUGCUCUGGAUGACAUCAGCACACCUCAGCUGUACAGAGAACCACACCGUAUCCUGGAGCUGAGGGAGCUGAAGGACAGGCCGCGGCUGCCAGGCAGUAACGGAGGCUACCGUGAGGAACCUGUAGACCACAGACUGACGGAGAGAGAGUGGGCUGAAGAAUGGAGACAUCUGGAUCAUGUGUUGAAUUGCAUUGUGGACAUGGUGGAGAAAACGCGGCGUUCGGUGAGCGUUCUGCGGCGCUGUCAGGAGUCGGACCGCGAGGAACUUAAUUACUGGCGGCGGCGCUCCAAUCCACACGAUGACGGACGCAAGAACGGGACGACAUCAGUGAACGUCCCCUUCACCAAGACACACAGCCCUCUGUCAGCAGAGGGAAUCAACACAGACUCUCAGAGGGAUCUUCCCCUGCGCUCCGGCUCUGGCUACGUGCCUGAUGAGAUAUGGAGGAAAGCCGAGGAAGCGGUGAACGAGGUGAAGCGGCAAGCGAUGGACGAGGUGCAGAAGGCCGUCGCCGAGGCCGAACAGAAAGCUUUCGAGAUGAUCACAGCCGAGAGAGCCAAGAUGGAGAAAACCCUCGCUGAGGCCAAGAGGAAAGCCACCGAAGACGCCAUACAAGUCAUCAACGAGCAGGAGGACUCCAGUGAGUGUUGUUGGAACUGCGGUCGUAAGGCGAGCGAGACGUGCAGCGGCUGUAACGCGGCGCGAUACUGCGGCUCCUUCUGUCAGCACAAGGACUGGGAGCGACAUCAUCUCAUCUGCAGCCCGGGGCUCCAGACGCAGCCCAAACCCAUGUCCGCCCUGAGCGCACGCAUCCUGGCCAAAGCCCCCGAGAGCGGCCCCGUCCCCAGUCCCGGCCUGGAGAAAACCUCCAACACCUCCAGAGCGUCCACACCAUCCACACCAGCGUCCUCCUCCUCCACCCCGGACGCCAGCGGACACUAGCGGAAAAGACGAUUGUAAUUCAUGGAUGUGACAGAACCAGGAUAUUCAGACACAUUUCUUGAGAGUCUAUUCACUUCUAACCGACAGGACGACGUGUUUUUGGCUUAUUUGGUGCAGAUCUUCUGGUGAUUGGUUUCACCCGCACAAACUGUUGUCAGUGUUACGUGAGCGUUUGUUUGUUUGUGUGCGUGAGUGUGUGUUUCUGUAAAUAUCAGAGCAAUAUAAAAGUGAUGGAUUCACCAAAGCUGUCAAUGCUGUGACAUGUUUCGUUCCUGUUCCAGACUUUAUUAGAUGACAAUAUUAUCAGAGAAUCGGUACUUUAGUGCAUCAGAUGUGCACUGUAUGUACAGUAAGUGUGUGUUAAACAUGGUUAUCAAACCCUGGUCUGAAGGGACCAGUUUUGAUCAGGGUCCGUUUGUACAAUCAUCAGCUUCAGAUCCGAACGGUAUAAAGACAUAAAAACCACCAAACCAGGUCUAGUGUGAACCGGUCUGUGUGGAUCAACACGCAAAACUCUAAAAUCUCAGGAGGAUAUGUACAUAAUUUGAUGUUUGUUCCACAUGUAGAGAGUCAAGGGUUCGGUGAGUCUGUUUCUUUUCUUUUAUUUCUUCAACAACCUUCGUUUCGUACGGUACACAACAUGUUGAUUUAUUUUUUCAUUAUCAGAAUGUGUAAAAUAUAACGGUGCAAGAGAAUCUUUAUUUUGUGAGCUACUCUGUGACAUUCAUUUUUUUUCCCCCUUCAAGAAUUCUUGAAUCUUGGUAUGAAGUAGAUAUUAAAAAAUAAAGACAUUAACGUGG